AUGAGCGACGAUAAGCAGUACAUCAGCUACAACAAUGUUCACCAGCUGUGCCAGGAGUCAGCAGCACGUAUCAAGAAAUUCAAGCCAGAUUUAAUCAUCGCUAUCGGUGGUGGUGGUUUUAUUCCCGCUAGAAUUUUGCGUACUUUCCUCAAGGAGCCUAAUGUCCCUACUAUAAGAAUUUUCGCUAUUAUACUUUCUUUAUACGAGGAUUUGACUACAGUAGGCUCUGAAGAGGAGACCCCCGGUGUCACCGUGAAGAGAACACAGUGGAUUGACUACGAUCAAUGUAAAUUGGACUUGGUUGGCAAGAACGUCUUGAUUGUUGACGAGGUCGAUGACACACGUACUACUUUGCAUUACGCCCUUAGCGAGCUAGAAAAAGAUGCAGAGGAACAGGCCAAGGCCAAGGGCAUCGAUUUAGAAAAGCAACCUGAGAUGAAGACCAAGUUUGGCAUUUUUGUGUUGCACGACAAACUGAAGCCAAAGAAGGCCGACUUGCCAGCCGAUAUGUUGUCUGAUGAUACUCGCUACAUCGCCGCGAGACAGGUUCCUGACAAAUGGUACGCUUAUCCUUGGGAAUCUACGGAUAUUGUUUAUCACACAAAGAGGGCCAUGGAACAAGGAAAUGAUGUGUUUCUUCCAUAG